CGCCGGCGGAACGGGAUGGCUGCCUCGCCGCUCCUGCUGUUCGCCAACCGCCGGGACGUGCGGCUGGUGGACGCCGGCGGAGUCAAGCUGGAGUCCACUGUUGUGGUCAGCGGCCUGGAGGACGCGGCUGCCGUGGAUUUCCAGUUCUCCAAGGGAGCUGUGUACUGGACAGACGUGAGCGAGGAGGCCAUCAAGCAGACCUACCUGAACCAGACGGGGGUCGCCGUGCAGAACGUGGUCAUCUCUGGCCUGGUGUCGCCCGACGGCCUGGCCUGCGAUUGGGUCGGCAAGAAGCUGUACUGGACGGACUCAGAGACCAACCGCAUCGAGGUGGCCAACCUCAAUGGGACGUCCCGGAAGGUCCUCUUCUGGCAGGACCUCGACCAGCCGCGGGCCAUCGCCUUGGACCCCGCUCACGGGUAAACCCAGCUGCCUUUCUCCUUGGUGGGGGGAGGGGGGCCAUGGUUUCCCUCUUGAAUUUACUUGAGCCCAAGCAGCUUUGUCGGAGAAAAACUGGCCGUCUUCAAAGGCGUUCACCUCUCAGGACCCGUUGUUGAGAACGGUUUCUGCUCGAUAGGCCGUAUUUGUGUUUCUGUUGGCAACCUGCCCCGUCGGAGGCACCGGCUGCGGC